UUUUCGCAACAUAAAACUUAAAACGUGUUUAAAACAGGAAAUAUGGAUUUUGUAAUUACGCUCCGCCCAUCAGUCUGGCAACGAAUGGAAAAUUAAUCACGAUUAAGAACUGAGAUCGGGAAUCGCUCCAUUCAAGUUGGUCAUGCCACUGACAUUCCGAAUUUCCCAAAAUGUCAAAACGAAUCCCCAAAAUCGGACGAGCCCAACGGGCCAGCGAACAAACCGAAGUCCGCCCCAUCCCCAACCACGAGUGCCAACUCCCCCUCCUCGAAGACCUGGCCUACUACCGCAUCUACCAGGGCCUCUUCGUCCUAUGCCGCCGCCGACUCUGGAAGUGGAUGACCGUCUCCCCCUUCGACCCCCAGAGCAAGAAGUACAUGAAAUCCGCGGCCCGCAUCCACGAAGAGGAGAUCCGCCACCUCACCAUGCAUCCCAACGUCAUCCACCCCUUCAGCCAGCUGCGAUACGCGUGGGAGGUGUUCAUGCUGUUCGUCUGGGGCACCCAGUUCUUUUGUAUACCGGUAGUGAUAGCAUUACAAGACGAGAAUGUAGGCAAGUUCGUAAUGUUCUACCUGGUGCUGUGUUUCUUUUGCCACGUGGACAUCAUGAUGUGGUUCUUCACCGGGUACUACGACCACAAGAAAAACAUGGUGGUGAUGAAGGGGUGGCAGGUGGCCGUUCACUACAUGUUCAGGUUCUUCUUGAUUGAUCUGGUGACGGCGCAGCCGUGGAGUUUGUAUAUGGCCUUUGUGGGCGCAUUGGGGUCAUACACCUACUACGUCGAUGCGAUUCUUCUGCUGAAGUUGUUCCGGAUGCCCAAGUUGUUGGAGUACCUGCAGCGGUUUAGCGAGAGGACGGGGAUAGACUUCUUGGUUUCUCAUAUAAAGCUGAUCACUAGCGUGCUUUGGGUCGUUGUGGUCCUGAUGUGGACCAGCAGUGUCACUUUCAUGAUCAUUAAGGUGAUAGCUCCUGAGGACAUACUUACGACGACCAUCGACAACAUGCCGCUGUUGAUGACCACGUUUAGAGUGGCGAGGGCGCUAAUGGCGGUUGGCAUUACCGAUAAGCUGAAUAGCGCUAAUGGAGGGAUGCUUAUAGAAAUCUUCGGCUUAACACUCGGUACUAUUAUACAGAUCUUUGUUUUAGCGAAAGUGAUGCAGUACUACCAGAAGCGCUCCAGCUCCCGGAACAAAUACCAGCACCUCCUGGAAGAAAUCGACGAGUGCAUGAAAUACAAAGAGCUCCCCAUCCGCCUGCGCAACAAAAUCGCCCACUACAUCGAGUUCAAGUUCCAGAAGCACAUCUUCCGCGAAGAGGACGUCCUCAACAACCUCUCCAUGGCCCUUAAGCACGAAAUCCUCUACGAGCGCUGCCAGACCAUGAUCGAGAAGGUCGAGUUCUUCAAGGACUUGCCCCCCUACGUCAUCACCCGCAUCGUGUCGAAGCUCCGCUCGGAGAUCUUCCUGCCGAACGACGUGGUGGUGGUGGCGGGCUACACGGGGCACGCGAUGUACUUCGUCUCGAUGGGGACGGUGGCGAUGUACACGGGGGGCGGCAAGGAGAUCUGCCACCUGGACGAUGGCAGCCACUUCGGGGAAAUCUCGUUGGUGAUCAACGAGCCGAGGGUGGUGACGGUGGUGGCGGUGAGGGAGUGCGAGUUGUUGAGGUUGAGCAGGAGGGAUUUCCAGGACGCGAUCGAGCCGUUCCCGGAUUUGUACAGGCAGAUUCGGUUGCAGGGAAUGAGUCAGUUGGAGAAUGCGCUGCAGGUGGGGGACGAGAAAACUGAUCUCCUGGUUACCUCGACGUCUUCUACCAAAAUUAAGGGUGCCAAGGGUACCAAAAGCACUACUCAAUUUGCGAUUUGAUGGAUGUUUGCUUGGUUAUAGUGUUGUGUUGUUUUUAAUUAAAGACUGAUUUCGUACA